CUCUCUUUUACGAGCUGUGAUUUGUGCCUUCACACUUGCCGUAUUGCAGUAGGUUCUUUCCAACACCAUAAACAGCUGUUGGAAUCAUCGUCUGUGUGCUUUAAAGUUGAACUCUCCCCGCGGAUCAUGUCCACGCGUGGCGGCACGCGCGAGUUUUAUUUCAACACGGUGCUGUCGCUCGCGCGAUCACUGGCAGCGCAUCGACCUGCGCCCCGAGAGAAGGUGCAGAAGUUAUUAUGCAUGUGUCCAUGCGACAUUCGCGGCGUCUUUACUCUAGAUGUCCGCCGCAGAGACGCGGUCAUUGCCUUGGCUGUCUUCCUGGUCGAGUCAGAAUUACAGCACAAAGACACUGUGGUCAGUUACCUGUUGAGUCUGCUCAGAGGGUUACCUAGAGUACAAUGGGUGGAGGAAAACGCUGCGAGAAAGUGCAAAGACUCCCUCCCCAUGGCGGAAAACUUCAGCUUUUGUCUGGUGACGCUCCUGUCUGAUGUAGCGCAGAGAGACCCAGAGUCUCGCUUACAGAUUCUGGAGGCUGUUAUGGAAGUAUUGCAGUCUCUUUUGGAGAUCUGCCAGACACCUGAAAACCAUGAUAAAGUGUACCUGUGCAGGUAUGCAGUGCCCUGUCUCCUCGGUGUGACUCGAGCCUUUGGUCGCUAUGGUAAUGGCGGUGAGCCCCUCCUCUCACAGCUCUUUCCACGGAGGUCGCCACAGCCCGCUCACCGCGUUUCCGUGGGAACAGAGGGCAUUCGGAGGAGAUCCUUCAAUGACUUCCGCUCCAUUUUGCCCAGCUCACUGCUGAUGGUGUGCCAGGGAGACACGCUGAGACGCAAGAGUGCCGCUGCCAACCUGGACACACAGGUGAGCCCAGACAGAGGUGGGCCUUCGCCCUGUUCUCCCACAGCUAUAGGGCCGCAGUAUUUCGAAGGUUCUUAUCUGUCAGAUGGCAGCGCAGUGAAUCCAGACUAUUACUUCACCACGGUCAGUUCCAGUUUCUCCAUCUCACCUCUCUUCACUGGUGUCAGUGGACAGGAGAUCAGCAUUCCUCUAGAGCUGCUGAGACAACUCUUCCAGAUGGUGAAGCAUUUUGUCUCCGAUUCGUUUCUGAAGACUCUGGAUGCUGUUGUUGCCGAACUUAUAGAGGCAAAUCCAGGCAUUGAUGUCUUUUACAAAGCAUUCAGUGAUCCGCUGUAUGUCAGCAUGUUUAAAAUGCUGCGAGACACGCUCUACUACAUGAAAGACGUUCAGACGUGUUUCGUUAAGGAGGUCCACGACUUUGUGCUGGAGCAGUUCAGCAGCAGCCAAUCAGAGCUGCAGAGGGUUCUCCAUGAGGAGCGGUUGCCAGGGGAACCCAGUCCUCUCAAGCUCCGUUGUCAUGCCAACGCAGCGUGUGUGGACCUCAUGGUGUGGGCUGUCAAAGAGGAGCAAGGAGCUGAGAAUCUGUGCACGAAAUUAUCUGAGAAGCUUCAGUCCAAAACGUCCAGUAAAGUGAUAAUCGCUCACAUGCCUCUCCUCAUCUGCUGUUUACAGGGUUUAGGGCGUCUGUGUGAGCGCUUUCCUGUAAUUGCUCACUCCGCCACCAUGUCUCUAAAGGACUUCCUGGUGGUUCCGUCCGCUGUGUUGAUUAAACUCUAUAAGUAUCACUGUCAGUGUAGUUCAGGAGGAGGCGGGAUCAAAAUCAACGUGACCAAUGAGCAUUCUCAGUCCACGCAUAACCUCCUGUCCAAUAGGAAAGAUCAGCCGUCCAUGUACGAGCAGCUCAGAGACAUCUCCAUCGACAACAUCUGCAGAUGUCUGAAAGCUGGUCUCACGAUGGAUCCUGUGAUAGUGGAGGCGUUCUUAGCCAGUCUGUCAAACCGGCUCUACAUAUCACAGGAGAAUGACAAGGAAGCCCACCUGAUCCCAGACCACACCAUCCGUGCGCUGGGUCACAUCGCCGUGGCGAUGAGAGACAGUCCUAAAGUGAUGGAGCCCAUCCUGCAGAUCCUGCAGCAGAAGUUCUGUCAGCCGCCGUCACAGUUAGACGUGUUGAUUAUAGACCAGCUGGGCUGCAUGGUCAUUACUGGCAAUCAAUACAUCUAUCAGGAAGUCUGGAAUCUAUUUCAGCAGAUCAGCGUGAAGGCCAGUAAUGUGGUUUAUUCCGCAGCCAAAGACUACAAAGACCACGGAUACAGACACUGCUCUCUCGCUGUGAUAAACGCACUGGCAAAUAUCGCAGCUAACCUGCAGUGGGAGCCACUGGUGGACGAGCUGUUGGUGAAUCUGCUGGAGCUGUUUGUUCAGCUUGGACUGGAGGGCAAGAGAGCCAGUGAACGUGCUAGUGAUAAAGGGCCUGCACUGAAGGCGUCCAGCAGUGCUGGUAAUCUAGGAGUCCUCAUUCCUGUUAUCGCUGUGUUGACCCGUCGGUUGCCCCCCGUUAAAGAGGCCAAACCUCGUCUACAAAAGCUCUUCAGAGACUUCUGGCUGUAUUCUGUCCUCAUGGGUUUUGCUGUUGAAGGUUCUGGACUGUGGCCUGAGGAGUGGUAUGAGGGAGUGUGUGAAAUCGCCACAAAAUCACCAUUGCUAACAUUUCCAAGUGGAGAACCGCUGCGUUCAGAACUCCAGUACAACUCUGCACUAAAGAACGACACAGUGACACCGGCGGAGUUAAGUGAACUACGCAGCACCAUCAUUAAUUUAUUGGAUCCGUCGCCCGAGACGGCUGCGCUCAUCAACAAACUUGACUUCGCCAUGUCCACGUACCUGCUGUCUGUGUACAGACUAGAAUACAUGAGGAUGUUGCACUCUAAUGAUGCUGAUCGGUUUCAGGUGAUGUUCAGGUACUUUGAGGACAAGGCCAUCCAGAAAGACAAAUCAGGUAUGAUGCAGUGUGUGAUAUGUGUAGGUGAUAAAGUCUUUGAGGUUUUCCUCCAGAUGAUGGCAGAGAAACCCAAGACUAAAGAGCAUGAGGAGGAGCUUGAACGACACGCUCAGUUCCUAUUGGUCAAUUUUAACCACACCCACAAGAGGAUCCGUAGAGUUGCUGACAAAUACCUCUCAGGACUCGCGGAAACUUUUCCUCAUCUGUUGUGGAGCGGUAGAGUUCUGAAGACUAUGUUGGAUAUCCUGCAGACUCUCUCUCUCUCCCUGAGCGCUGACAUCCACAAAGACCAGCCGUACUACGACAUUCCCGAUACUCCAUACAGAAUAACAGUGCCAGACACUCAUGAGGCACGAGAGAGCAUUGUGAAGGACUUUGCCGCCCGCUGUGGAGAGAUCUUAAAAGAGGCGAUGAAAUGGGCCUCCUCUGUUACCAAAUCACAUCUGCAGGAGUAUCUGAAUAAACAUCAGAACUGGUUGUCGGGUUUAUCUCAGCACACUGGUUUGGCGAUGGCGACGGAGAGCAUACUCAGUUUUGCAGGAUAUAAUCGGCAGAGCACGACACUGGGGGUGACUCAGCUGACGGAACGGCCCACCUGUGUGAAGAAGGAUUACUCCAACUUCAUGGCAUCUCUGAAUCUUCGUAACCGCUACACUGGAGAGGUAGCCGGGAUGCUGCACUUUGCCGCGGCCACACGCAGCGAGUCAAACCUCAGCAAACUGAUGGUGUCUCAGAUGAGUGACGCGCUGGACGCCAAAGACUCGGACGCUUUCACACAGAACAUGUUUAAAAUGACAGCGCUGCUUAUCAGCACUAAAGAUUGGGAUCUUCAGUUGCUGCAUCACCUGUGCUGGUCUCCUCUGAAGAUGUUCACAGAGCAGGGCAUGGAGACCGCCAUCGCGUGCUGGGAAUGGCUGCUCGCGGCACGCAAUGGAGUUGAAGUCCAGUUCAUGCGUGAGAUGGCGGGCGCGUGGCAGAUGACCGUCGAGUUGAAGAUGGGUUUGUUCUCAGAGACGGAGUCAGAGGCGGAUCCUUUAGCGGCCUCAGAAGAGAGUCAGCCUUUGCCCCGCCCACCCAACGUCACACCACAUUCUCUCUGGAUUGAGUUUCUAGUUCAGAGGUUUGAAAUCGCCAAGUACUGCAGCGCCGAUCAGGUGGAGAUAUUCACUGGUCUCAUGCAGAGAGCGCUCUCGAUCAGUGUCGGUGGACCCAAGAGCGGCCUGAACCGACAUGUAGCUGCUAUAGGACCCCGAUUCAGGCUCUUAACUCUUGGUCUCACACUUCUGCAUGCUGACGUUGUUACUAACGCCACAAUCCGCAACGUCCUGAGAGAGAAAAUCUACUCGACAGCCUUUGAUUACUUCAGUGCGGCUCCGCGGUUCCCCACUCAACCGGAGAAGCGUUUACGUGAAGACAUCAGUAUCAUGAUAAAGUUCUAUGCGUGUUUGCUGUCUGAUAAGAAAUAUCUCACUGCCACACAGCUCGCCCCACCAGAUCCUCAGGAUGUGUCUGUGAACAGUCUGUCAGUGAUGGGAGUGACUGACUCCAGGUCGAGUCUAGACGCUGCGGUGGGCUCCAGACAGCCGGUCACACAGGGCUGGAUCAACACAUACCCGCUGUCCAGCGGCGUGUCCACUCUUUCCAAGAAAUCAGGUCUGUCAAAGAAGUCUAACAGAGGAACACAACUGCAUAAAUACUUCAUGAAACGCAGAACGCUGCUGCUGGCUCUGCUGGCCAGUGAGGUGGAGCGUUUGACCACCUGGUACAAUCCUCUGGGCAGUCAUGAGCUGCAGAUCUCAGCUGAACAGUCUGUGGAAACCAGCAUCAGCAACUGGAGAUCCAAAUACAUCAGUCUGACUGAGAAACAGUGGAAAGACAAUGUCAAUCUGGCCUGGAGCAUUGCACCUUACCUCGCAUUACAGCUACCUGCCAGAUUCAAGAACACCGAAGCCAUUUUUUCAGAAGUUACACGUUUGGUUCGGCUGAAUCCCGGAGCGGUUAGUGACGUCCCUGAAGCAGUAAAGUUCUUGGUGACGUGGCACACUAUUGACGCAGACUCACCCGAGUUGAGUCACAUCUUGUGCUGGGCACCGGCUGACCCCCCCACCGGCCUGUCGUAUUUCUCCAGCAUGUACCCGCCUCACCCGCUUACCGCACAGUAUGCCGUCAAAGUCCUGCGAUCCUUCCCUCCUGAUGCUAUUCUGUUUUACAUCCCGCAAAUUGUUCAGGCCCUUCGCUAUGAUAAGAUGGGAUACGUGAGAGAAUACAUCCUGUGGGCCGCUCAGAAGUCUCAGCUUCUGGCACAUCAGUUCAUCUGGAACAUGAAGACCAACAUCUACACAGAUGAGGAGGGACACCAGAAGGACCCUGACAUUGGAGAGCUUCUGGAGCAGCUGGUUGAGGAGAUCAUUGGUUCUCUCUCUGGUCCUGCUAAAGAUUUCUACCAGCGGGAGUUUGACUUCUUCAACAAGAUCACCAACGUCUCAGCUAUUAUCAAGCCUAUUCCUAAAGGUGAUGAGCGGAAGAGAGCUUGCCUCCGAGCUCUGUCUGAUAUCAAAGUCCAGCCAGGCUGUUACCUGCCCAGUAACCCUGAGGCCAUAGUCUUAGAUAUUGACUACAAAUCUGGGACACCAAUGCAAAGUGCUGCCAAAGCGCCUUACCUGGCCAAAUUCAAGGUGAAACGCUGUGGAGUGAGUGAGCUGGAGAAGGAAGGUUUACUGUGUCGGUCCGACUCUCUGGAUGAAGCUCGCAGUGAGGAAGAAGCUCAGAAGAUCUGCUGGCAGGCGGCUAUCUUUAAAGUAGGAGACGACUGCAGACAGGACAUGUUGGCCCUGCAGAUCAUUGGUCUGUUUAAGAAUAUCUUCCAGCUGGUGGGACUUGAUCUUUUUGUCUUUCCGUAUAGAGUGGUUGCUACGGCACCAGGGUGUGGCGUUAUUGAGUGUAUCCCAGACUGUAAGUCCAGAGAUCAGCUGGGACGACAGACCGAUUUCGGGAUGUACGAUUAUUUCCGCAACCAGUACGGAGACGAGUCCACACUGGCCUUCCAGAAGGCGAGGUAUAACUUCAUCCGGAGUAUGGCGGCAUACAGUCUGUUGCUAUUUCUACUGCAGAUUAAAGACAGACAUAAUGGAAACAUCAUGCUGGACAAACAAGGCCACCUCAUCCACAUCGAUUUUGGCUUCAUGUUUGAGAGUUCUCCGGGUGGGAAUCUGGGCUGGGAGCCGGACAUCAAACUAACGGAUGAGAUGGUGAUGAUUAUGGGCGGGAAGAUGGAGGCCACGCCCUUCAAAUGGUUCAUGGAGAUGUGUGUGCGUGGAUACUUGGCCGUCAGGCCGUACAUGGAUGCUGUGGUUGCCUUGGUAACAUUGAUGUUGGAUACAGGACUACCCUGCUUCCGCGGUCAGACCAUCAAACUGCUCAAGCAGCGAUUCAAUCCUGGAGUCAGUGAGAAGGAAGCUGCGGCUUUUAUCAUCAAAGUCAUACAAAACUGCUUCCUGAGUAGCAGGAGCAAAACAUAUGACAUGAUCCAGUACUAUCAAAACCAGAUCCCAUACUGAAGGUGUGGACACAUCUUACGGCCCCUUUGUGCACUUUAUAAGCCUCAAAUGCUUUUUCAUUCAUUUAUACGCACUAAAAUCAGCACUUAGAAGUCUUUAGCCUUUCUAUUGCAUGAUAGCUUGAGUUUGAGAUUACAAAGUCAAAGUGCCAGUGUUAUUUGCCAACUGAUGUGAAUCUAUUGCAGGUUUGAAAAUGAUUUCCAGACACACACAGCACAUAUUAAUAACAAUGUGAUUUUAAUAGAGACAGAUAUAAUAUUUCAUAGGUCUAGUGAUGUUUUAGAAAUAUUCCAAUGACAAUCUCACAACAUUAACACGUGCUACUAAGAAAAAAAUAUUGUUUAUUCAGUACUUGAUUUUAUUUAUUGUCAGGUAAAGAUUUUUGGGUUUGAGAGAGCAAUGAUGGUAUCGUGUGGAUCUUCUUCAUUUUCUGUAUUUACAGCUUUGAAUCUGAGUGUUAAUAUUUAAAUGAUCUUUGGGUCACAUGACCUCUGACCAAUCACUUGUUUUCGCAGUAUGUGCCUGUUUAUUGAUCAAUCGAUUGUGCCGUAUUAAUCUUUGUACGCUCGUUUGUACUGUUGCAUCAAUUUUCUGUCUCUCUAUUCUCUUUCCUUUUGAAGUAUUUAUUCUGUCUAUAGUACUCAAUUAAAUAAAUGUCUGCAUUAAUUAUU